AUGAUAAGUAUACAAAGCUAAAGGUUUGCAUGGCUUUUGACACUAGUCUAAUUUUACAAGAAUGAUUGAGAAGUACCUUCUUUUUUUUUUCUUUUUUUUCCUUUUUUUCAUUUCUUCUCCUAAUGGUCUGGGCUCGGCAUGUUUAGAUGAGAAAGGAAUCUAAGAUUGAGCAAUACAACUGUGAACAGAAAUCAAAGCUUAUGAAUUACGUAUCUGCCAAAGAACUUUCUGAAGAAGUUGAGAGGCUUCGCAACCUGCUACAGGAGAAAUCUGAAUCUGUUGAUAAGAAUAACGACAGCAUUGAUGGGCAGCUGAAAUCCCCUUAUGGAGGUUCUCAACUAAGAUCAAGAGAUAUAUCUGAAGGCUCAGCUGGAUUGAAGACACUAAGUCCAUGUUCUGGGGUUCAAACUGAAGAAGUUAUGGUUAUUCCAAAUGCCGGUAGUCAAGAGGAGCAUGUCACGGUAAAAGAACCAGAAAGAGGUCUGGGUAAAGGCAUGCCCUACAGCGAUGCUCUUGGAAACAGUAAGCAGGUAUUAUUUUUCAAGGGUCUAAACUCCUAUGUUUGUUCACCAGCAAAAAUGGUGGUGACUCAUCUGCCGCACAUAUGGCAUACGGGUAAUUGUCCAAAUAGAGGGACUCAUUGUGGAUGGAACAUAGCCUGAAAAUUACUUAGUGGAUGAUCAUAACCAUCCAGUAUUUAUUGGAUGGGAUGGACAAAAAUAAAAUGGUACGCGAAUCCGUGUGUUCAGAUUGUCAAGAUGUCCAGUCAGUGUGUC